AUGACACUUUACAUGUUUUUUGAAGGAUAUCUUCUGACUCCAAAUACAGCGUUAGCAAUCACCUUCAUCAUUUUCGGGAUCUAUACCGUUGUCGGUAACAUGCUAGUGUGUAUAGUAUACAUUCUAGAUCCAGGGAAAAAACUACGGCGAGUCAGUAACUCCUAUUUCGUUAUCAAUCUGGCCUUGGCGGACAUUUUGGUUGGAGUGACGGUGGAACCUAUAAACGCUGCGAGCUUUUGGACAAGCAAUACUGAAGUCUUGUUUAGCUAUUACAUUUUUGCUGUUCUUUCCUGCGUCUGUUCCAUCAUGAAUAUUUCAGCCCUGAUGGUGGAUCGUUUUCUCGCUGUGUGCAGGCCAUUUAAGUACAGAUCUUUUGUCAAACCUAGCCGAGUUCGCACGACACUUUUAAUUAUUUGGCUCUACUCCAUUCAUUUCUCCAUCUUACCUCUCGUUGGCUGGCGGAGCGCAAGUUUUCAGAUAUACCUCUACGGUUUGGGUGUUUUGUCUCCCGCAGGGAUUAUGCUGCUAUCGUACUAUGGAUUGUUACGAGCUUUAAGAGAAAAAAUCUUAAAUUUGAAGGGCUCGGCGGAUCGCAAAGAAGCCACGGAUGUCAAGAAAAUGGUUGCGCGGGAACGCAGAAUUUCUAUGACCGUGUUCAUAAUGUUGUUGGUUUUUCUUGUUGCUUGGUGUCCCUUUGUUGUCGUCGACGUUGUGCUGGUGUUCUGCGAGAAUUGUCGCUCCGACAAACUGCUCCUUGCUCGGGACAUAACGUUAACUGUUGGUUUCUUCUCGUCGGGGAUAAAUCCAGCUCUUUACGCUUGGCGUGUCCCCAACUUUAGACAAGGAACUGUGUUGUUGUUUCAGCGUGCUUCUAAAAUGUCCAAAAUAGUUCGUGUUGCUCCGGUAGAAAACGAUGGAAAAAAUGUGGCUGGUGAACACUCGCAAACUAAUUUGAAUAGAACCGAAGUUUAUGUAGUGGGAGAAAUUACCGGCAAAGAAAGCGGAAAUUCACGGACUAGAUUGAGUUUAUACGAUUGA